AGUAAUCACACCUUCUUUGUGUUAAGUUGAGUGGGAGCUGUGACAAUAGUUUUGAAUUUUUGCUCUCUUGUCUGAUUGGAUCAAGCAAAAAAGUUUGAAACUUUCAGUUAGGUCGUCCGUUGUUGUCACUAAGAUAAAGUCUAUUACUUUAUUUAUUGAACCCUCUCAUGGAUAGUUUGACUUGGUUUAGAGUUUGAAUUGAAAUCAAGACUCGUACUUAAACAUAUCUCUAGUUAGGUCUUACGUUGUUGUCUGAACUUGAUCUGUGGAUUUUGGCUGUGUUGAUUGUUGUUGGGGUCCUUAUUGAAUUUCGAGCGAUUUUAUUAUGAGUUAGAAUCUAUUGGGAAGAUCUUUUGUUUCAUUGCUCUGCUGAGCUUAGCUUGGGCUAAAAGCAUGAAAGAGAGAAACUCUUCAAAGUUUUCAACUCUGAUUUUGACAUCUAACUGUCCUUUUGGAUUGUUUCUUAUGGACUCCCCACAAUCUGUUGUUUCACCAUUCAAGACUGGUGAGCCAGAGAAUGACAACUCAGCUUCUGUGCAGAGCUCUAGAAAUCAAUCAAACGGCACUAAACCCAAUGGAAAAGAUUCCAUCAGCUGCGGCCAACAAGAACUUGUUGGUACUCUUGAGGUUUAUGUGCAUCAAGCAAGAGACAUCCAGAACAUCUGUAUCUACCACAAGCAAGACGUGUACGCCAAGCUUUGCCUCACAAGUGAUCCUGCAAAGUCUGUCUCCACCAAAAUCAUCAACGGAGGUGGGAGGAAUCCUGUUUUUGACGACAAAGUCAAGCUUGACGUCAGGGCUUUAGACGCUUCCCUCAAGUGUGAGAUUUACAUGAUGAGUAGGGUGAAGAACUAUCUCGAAGACCAGCUUCUUGGUUUUACUUUGGUUCCUAUGUCUGAACUCCUCUUCAAGAAUGGGAAACUUGAGAAAGAGUUCUCUCUUUCUUCCACUGAUCUGUACCAUUCUCCAGCUGGUUUUGUUCAGUUGUCUCUCUCCUACAAUGGUUCCUACCCUGAAGUGAUGGCUUUUCCAGCUGUUUCUGUUGAUGAUCAAAGUGGCAAGAGACAAGAAGGGUCUGAAUCAGUUCCGGAUGAGUUGGAGAAGAUAGAGUUUCCGGAUCCUAAUGUUGCAAAUGAAAACGAGAAGAUGGUUUCUGAGUAUUUUGAGAUGUCCUCUUCCACUAUUGAGUCAGAAACUUCAGACAGCUUGGUUACUUCUGAUACUGAGAAACAUGUAAUGAAGCAAGAUUCACCUGAGAUCAGCAAUGCAACAAAUGGAGACGCUUCUCCUCACGCUUCAGCUCACUCAGCCACAGAGACACCAAACCAUGAUCAUCUCUCUCUUGUGAACUCCAAAGCGGAUUCUCAGGAGUCAGAGAGCGAGGCUUCAGCUGAGACAUCAGAGGAGAAGAUUGUGAAACCUAUUGUCAGUGUGAGGGUUGAGACAGAGUCAAAGGUGGUGCAGCAGGAUAUAGUAGACAUGUACAUGAAAAGCAUGCAGCAGUUUUCUGAUUCACUGGCUAAGAUGAAGCUUCCUCUGGACAUUGAUAGCCCAACAAAGUCAGAGGAUUCAAGCUCUGAUGUUUCUCAGAAGCUGCCAACACCAAAGAGCAACAAAGGAUCUCGUGUGUUCUACGGGAGCAGGGCUUUCUUCUGAGCAUCUCUUUUAUCAAGUUCAGAGGCAAGAAAGACUAAUCUCCUAAUGAUGUAAUUUUAUAAUGUUACUAUUUGAUGUUGAAACUCCCAUGCUUUAGUUGAUGUGAAGUUAUUAUUAUGUAUCACUAGCCUUUGUACUAUUUAGAAACGUCUGUUGCCUAAUCAUGUUUGUUUUUCUCUUC